CUUAAAAAUUUAGACGGAGAAGGGUGACAUUGCAUGGUGCAUCAUGUUAGGUUUAACACGACAAGUAAUUACAACAUCAGAGAGACAACUUGCUAGCCUAAUCAGAGGGAAUAUUCCAAUAUCUGCUACAGCAAUAAAAAAUCCACUGCAAUGUAGCAAGGCAAUCCACAGUAGUGCUGUGUUCCAGGCUGAGUUUGACAGAGACCCAUUUCCAGAACAGGGACGUUUUAAAGUAGUAAAGCAAAAUUGGCUGCGUAACAAUGAUGUUGUUUUUCCUCCUCAGCAACCAGGAGAACCUCGUCGACCAGCAUAUGUAUGUCAUGCCAGAAAGAGAAUCUCAUAUUCGCAGUCAAAGAUGUGGUAUACAGCAGGAAUGAUCCGUGGGAUGACGAUAGACGAAGCCAUGAAACAACUUGCCUUCAGCCCACAUAAAGGAGCACAUAUAGUACUGGAGGUACUGAAAGAAGCACAGCAAAUGGCUGUUGAAGACCAUAAUGUAGAGUUCAAAUCUAAUCUAUGGAUUGAGGAAUCCUUUGUAAAUGUAGGAGAGGGAGUGUUGCGUUACGCUGGAAGUAAGAUUCAUAGACCACGUAUGUGCAACUAUUAUGUACGCCUGUCAGAAGGAAAACCACCCAAACAUUACUAUGAACCAGAAAAGACAGGUUAUCAAAAAAUGCAAGAGUAUAUCAAAAACCAACGAGCAAGAAAAGUCAAGUGGUCACUCUAAUAAAACAUUUAUAAACAA